AUGACAGAACUUCUCCAUUGGGCUACAGGGAUUAAAGAGUGGGGUCAAAGGCUUUGCCUGAAUCGUUUUCCACCCUUGGGUGCCUUAUAUAAAGGCUUCCUUUGUGGGGUGAGUUUAACUACCAGUUGCAGCCAGUUCCGGACACUCAGGCUGCUAUAUAUACCUCUUUUCUUUUGUCCACCAGCUCUUUUGCCUGCCGUGAAGAUCAAUGCCAAGGGCCGGGAGGUGGUCUACCUGGCAGAAGGCGAGUCGAUCAAGCUCGGCUGCCCCUACGAGUUGGAACCGCAAGACCACGGCCCAAGCGACCUGGACAUCGAAUGGACACAGAUGAACUCUGACCCCACAAACCUGGACAACGUGAUCCUGAGCUACAACAAUCACCAGGUAAUCCACCCCGGCUACCAUUACCUGCAGACGAGAGGGGGUUCCGCAGCCCACGACUCACGACAUUUUGGCAACUCUGGCCUGCAACAGAACAUGGUGAUCGGGGGCUCCGGCCACGACUGCUGCUCUGGCCUGCAGCAGCGGGUGACCUUUGCAAUCCAAGACCCCAGCCAGUACGAUGCUUCCAUCAACCUGCAGGAUGUUCAGAUUUCCGACUCGGCAACUUACGAAUGCAAGGUGAAGAAAACCACAGUGGCCACCCGCAAGGUGACCGUCAUGGUGCUAGCGAGACCAUCCAACCCACAAUGCUCAGUUGUAGGCAAGGUAGCCGUGGGCCAGAAAGUCACCUUGAGCUGCUCCUCAAACUCUGGCACUUCCCCACUCAUGUACCAGUGGGCCAAAGUCACAGAUCGCCCUUUUGCGAACUGGCUCUCCGCUACCACCGUUAAAGGCCCAAAUCCCGGUGACCUGAUCAUUCCGAACCUUUCCAAUGACCACGCUGGUGUUUACCAGUGCAGUGUGGCCAACAAAGUCGGAUCGGCCAGGUGUGUUGUGGAGAUCUCCUUCUCAAAGGGUAAGAGAGUAGCAUUUUUCAUUUUGUCCAAAUACCAAAUCUCAUGCUUGUCUGGCAGAGUCCGAAAAGCAAGUUUUAUGCACAGAAAGCCCACAAAGUCCAGCCGAGUGAGCAUCAUCGUGGGAGUAGUCCUUGGCUCAAUCCUCUUUCUGACCCUCCUCGUGUGUCUCAUCGUGGGGCUGAUCUGCUGCUGCAGGAAGAGGCGUUACAAGGAAGAGGCCAGCCAGAUCAGGGUUGACACGGCGCCCCCAAGGGCCAGAGGCGGAAGCCGAAACAGCAGCAUACGAUCCUUCCUGGAUUUCAUGCCCCACAAUAUCAGCUUCAUGCAGCGCCGCAAGUACGACCCUCCCAGGGAGCAGGAAGGCACCGAGAUGGUCUCCCCGGCACAAGAGGCGCAGCCCGUGGAUUGCAGCGGCAUGAAAAGCGAGGCGCCCCGUGGCGGCUGCUCGACCACCGUCACGACCAAGGCCAGGGUUCACUACGCUCCUUCUGUGCCUUCCUCGCCCCAGGCGACAUCUUCACCAUCAGCUGCUGACCCAAAUAAUGGAGGAAGCUGCUCUACCACGUCCGAGAAAGGCAGGCGAGGCCACCCUGGGCAAUAUGGAGGCAUUCCUGUGAUGGUGCCAGCCAAGAGCAGAGAUGGCCUUUUAGUAUAG